GAUGCAACACACCUUAAUCUCAAGAACCAUUUAUGCAAACUCUUUGUCCAUUUCAAGACUGCUACUCUAGUUUUGGAAGCAAGUUGAAGCAAAAAGCCAAGUCAACUAAAUUUCACCAAAAGUCUCAAACAAAGUACCAAUUUCUGUAAAGGAACCCUUGCAAACACACACACACACACUUCCAAAUUCCCCUUUUUAUCUCUCAUCUCAACUCAUUUCAAUUAUCUUUUCCAAUGAACUAAUUUACAGGAAGAACAAAUUGCUCUUCACUGUUCAAAUUCGCAACCUGAAACCCUAUCGAUUUUUGCGUUUAACCUCAAUUUCGGAAGCUCAAAAUUGGGGAUUCGCGUUAGAUCUGAAGAUUAUUGUUGCUGUUAGCUCAACGAUUUAGCUUUAAUUCGGGUUUCUUGAAGAUAUUUGUAUUUCUAGGGUUUUUAAGCAACAAACUUCGUUUUGGUCUGAUUUAGGGUUUUUUUUUUUUGGUUCUGGAGAUUUGUUAUGGGGCUUUGUUGGAGCAUUCAGAUUAAAGCGGACAGCGCGUUUUUUACUGGUUUUGACUCUAAAACUGGAGAUAAGAAUGGAAAUAGUAAUUCAAGUAGCAAGGUUUCGACCGGUUCCCAAACGCAGACCCCUCGAAGUGAAGGUGAAAUUCUACAGUCAUCCAACUUAAAAAGCUUCACUUUCGCUGAGCUUAAAAGCGCUACCAGAAACUUUCGUCCCGACAGUGUUCUCGGUGAAGGCGGGUUUGGUUCUGUGUUUAAAGGGUGGGUUGAUGAGCAUUCACUUGCAGCUUCGAAACCGGGAACUGGUAUCGUGAUCGCUGUAAAAAGGCUAAACCAAGAAGGAUUACAGGGCCACAAGGAGUGGUUGGCAGAAAUUAAUUAUCUUGGACAAUUGCGCCAUCCUAAUCUUGUGAAGUUAAUCGGUUAUUGCUUAGAAGAUGAUCAUAGACUUUUGGCAUACGAGUUUAUGCCAAAGGGUAGCAUGGAGAAUCAUUUAUUCAGAAGAGGUUCUUACUUCCAAACACUAUCUUGGCGUCUACGCAUGAAAGUUGCUCUUGGGGCUGCAAAGGGUCUUGCUUUUCUUCAUAACGCUGAACCAAUGGUUAUAUACCGUGACUUCAAGACUUCAAAUAUUCUACUUGACUCGAAUUUCAACGCAAAAUUAUCUGAUUUUGGGCUAGCAAGGGAUGGACCUACCGGUGAUAAAAGUCAUGUUUCUACUAGGGUUAUGGGAACCUAUGGAUAUGCUGCUCCUGAAUAUUUAUCAACCGGACAUUUAACUCCAAAGAGUGACGUAUACAGCUUUGGAGUGGUUCUUCUAGAAAUCUUAUCAGGUAAAAAAGCAAUCGACAAAAACCGCCCUCCUGGAGAACACAACCUAGUCGAAUGGGCCAAACCAUGUCUAACCAGCAAACGAAGAAUCUUCCGGGUUCUUGACCCACGGCUCGAGGGUCAAUAUUCACUGGGUCGGGCCCUCAAAGUAGCCAACCUUGCGCUUCAAUGUCUAUGCAUGGAGCCCAAAAUGAGACCAAGUAUGGAUGAGGUUGUGUCCACUUUAGAAGAGCUUCAAGAUGGUGAAAAGCGUGAGCGUAAGGACCCGCGUGUGGAACCCGCUAAUAAUAAAGCGCGGUCGUGCAGGCAAGAAGUUGGGACCGGGUUGGUUGCUUAUCCUAGGCCUUCAGCUUCGUUGCGGGCUUAAUUAAGAGGUUAUGAUACCGUUUUUUCUUUUGCAAGUGUGCCUCAAUGGGUCUACUUGGUGUACAGUUAUUGUUUUUAUUUUUGUCUGGCUCCGUGUUUUGGAAGUGGGUUUGUGUCCUUUGUUUGAAUCCAUAGAGUAUGUUGUUGUCUAUUGCUAGAAAGAAACAUCGAAUGAUUUUUGGUGGUUAUGAUAAAGGAUGUGUUAAUUUGUGAGGAAAGCUUUGGAUCUUUGUGAUGAAGAGUUUGUGUUCUAAAAGUUCA